AAGAUAUGUCAUGAUAUUCUUUUUCGAUCUAACAAUAAUAGAUAUUUUACAUUUUACCUUUCCAGCUUUGUGAUCUUAAUGCAACGGCAUCAACAGCCAAUUACUGAAAUGCAGAAAGGGAGGAUUACAGAUCUUUCAAAACGCCUGGACGAGGGCCUGUUCAAAGCUGCUCUCACGAAGGAUGACUACAUGAACUUGGAUACACUAGAGAGUCGUUUAUCUAAUUUCCUCCGACAAGCAACUAUGCAUAAUCACAACAAACAGUCUCCUCAGCUUGUUAGCUCUUCUCCGAUGGGUACAAUGAUACCAACCCCUGGUAUGUCGUAUGGUCCAAACUCAAGCAUGGCAGUUGCACCUUCUAUAGACGCCUCAAUGAUUUCUUCCAGUGGGUGUAAUAGCAUAGUACCAACAUCUUUCAAUAGUCCAAAUAUGUUACCUGCAGGCGGCAUGCUUGGCAGUUCCAAAGUUCACAAAGAUGUAUGCACCAAGGUGUUACAAUUAUCUACUGAAACUCCCAAGGAUUCUGAUAUGGACACUGUUAGUGGGAGCAUUUAUUCGACUGAUCAACUAGAAGAGUUUGUGUCAAAACUCGCUGCCCACAGUCACUUGAAUUCGUUGGUAUCUACCUGCUCCUCUAGUGCCCUGUCUCAAAACUCGAAUGCCCAAAAAAUUUCAGAAAUUAUGCAAAAACUGAAACCUUUGGUGAGCAAGGAUCUUGACUCAAUCAUGUCCACCACUGGAGUUGUCGAAGAAAUAUCUUCGUUGGUGAAAGAUUUAAAUGAAAUCAAAGAUCACCUCAGUUUUGCCGAUUUUGGGACGUUUUCUGCAGUUCAGAUGGCUAUUGGUCGUUUUGAGAACAUCAAACUUGCUCUAUCCAAUUAUCAUGGUGUGCAUCAAGAACAACAGGAAGUUUGUGGGUGUAUUCAAGAAUUGAUACAGCAUCGAACAAAUGUGAAUGGUAAGCAUGAGGAACUUAACCAAAGAAAACAACAAGUCUCUAACCGCAUCAUUGUUCUUCGUCAUGAUCUUCAAGAAGCAGAAAAGGAACUACAGACAAUAUUGGCUGAUAAGAAAACCAACACAGCAUCUGGAAAACACAUUGAGUCCAAAAUCAAUGAAGAAUAUUCAAAAGGAGUCAACCUCAUGACCAAGAUGUCGUCCAUUGAAACUGAAUAUCAUUCUGCUCUGAGUAAGAAAGCCUCUCUAGCUGAACAUUGGGCCUAUGUUCAAGCUUGUUUCUUUCCAAAAUCAGUUUAAUUUAAUCACUUACAUUAACUUAGAUUUCAUAAGAACAAUUUGUAAUUCUAUUGCAUUUUAGGUUGUGUUCCCUUUUGUUGAACAA